GGUUGAAUUCUUCCGCCUUGGCCCUCGGGAACUUUUUCUUAUGCUUUCUUUUGCCUCUGGAGCCUGCGACGUAAACUAGCGCACUUAGAUGAGACUUUUAGAGGGGGGUUCUUACAUUAGAGAGAUUUUUCUAGGGGGGUGCGGUGACGCUUCGAGGAGGAGCCUUUUGCACCUGAGGAGACUGGCGGAGGGAGACGCUUUGCUGUUGAUGGGAUAGACUCAGUGGAGGGUAUUGAGAAAGUCCAAGAUGGCGGUGGCUGCUAGGCCGAGGGGACCCGGCAGGCCCUGAGCUUAGGGAGGUGGGGAGGACGAAAGCCACAUUGGGUCCGGAGAGGCGCCGGGGAGACCCCGAGGAGGCAGCAGUGCGGGAGAAGCCAGAGGAAGUGCGGUCCACGGGGAGGCAUUGACGGCUGAGCGGCCUAGUUACCCCCGCCCGGCAGGCCUGCGGCUCGAGUGAGGGGGGAGGGGCCAGGCAUGGCCCCCUGAGGGGCCCCCCAGGGAGAGGGGAAGGAAGGGGGUGGGGGGCAUGGAGCCCAGGGAGGAGCAGGGGGAGCUGAGCGAAGGGGGAGAGCAAGGCGCCUGGGGGGAAAAGGGGGAGAGAGGAGCCCGGAGCUCAAGGGGUCCCUCGGGGGAAAGGGGGGAGCAUGGGGACUGGGGGGACCGUGCUGGCCCCAGGGCAGCAGAGAAGGGAGAGUGGGGUGCUAAGGGUGAGCGGGCUCCUCGCAUCGACAAGACCGAGCAGGGAGAUGGGGGUCCUCGUGGGGAGCGGCCUCUGAGGGCUCCCAGAGUGGCAGAGCAGGCUGAUAAGGGGCUGUGGGGAGCAGAGCAAGGUGAAUGGGUGGAGCGGGGCCCACCUUGGGUUGCGGAUCCUGACCCCCUGUUGCCCCCUGAGGAUUUCUUGCCGCCACCUGAGUGCCCUGUCUUUGAGCCCAGUUGGGCCGAAUUCAGUGAUCCACUAGGUUACAUCGCCAAGAUCCGGCCCAUCGCAGAAAAGAGUGGCAUCUGCAAAAUCCGCCCUCCCGCUGACUGGCAGCCUCCGUUUGCUGUGGAAGUAGAUAACUUCCGGUUUACUCCACGAAUACAGAGGCUCAAUGAACUGGAGGCGCAGACAAGGGUGAAGCUGAACUAUUUGGAUCAGAUUGCAAAGUUUUGGGAGAUUCAAGGCACUUCACUGAAAAUUCCCAACGUAGAGAGGAGGAUCCUCGAUUUGUACAGCCUAAGCAAAAUUGUGAUGGAAGAAGGUGGAUAUGAAGCUAUCUGCAAGGAUCGCCGGUGGGCACGAGUGGCUCAGCGCCUUUCCUAUCCAUCGGGGAAGAACAUUGGUUCCCUCCUUCGCUCCCACUAUGAGCGCAUAAUCUACCCUUAUGAAAUGUACCAGUCAGGUGCCAACUUGGUGCAGUGCAAUACCCACCCAUUUGACGAGGAGAAGGACAAGGAGUACAAGCCACACAGCAUCCCAUUGCGCCAGUCAGUCCAACCCUCCAAGUUCAACAGCUAUGGGCGCCGGGCCAAGCGUCUGCAGCAGGAGCCAGAGCCAACAGAGGAAGACAUUGAGAAGAACCCAGAGCUGAAGAAACUGCAGAUUUAUGGUGCUGGCCCUAAAAUGCUGGGUCUGGGCCUUGUGGCCAAGGACAAGAACAUGCGCAAGAAAGACAAAGAGAUGCCUGAAUGUCCUCCAACAGUGAUAGUGAAAGAGGAGACCCCUGUUCCAGAGACGAAGCUGGAGCCCACCUCACCCCGAGGCUAUGCAAAUAUAAAAGAAGAGUUGAGGCACAGUCCAGAACCUUGUACCAAGAUGACGAUGCGCCUUCGUCGCAACCACAACACUCAGUUUAUUGAGUCUUAUGUUUGCCGGAUCUGUGCACGGGGAGAUGAGGAUGACAAGUUGUUGCUUUGUGAUGGCUGUGAUGACAACUACCACAUCUUCUGCCUAUUGCCACCCUUGCCUGAGAUUCCCAAAGGUGUCUGGAGGUGUCCCAAAUGUGUAAUGGCGGAAUGCAAGCGCCCCCCAGAGGCUUUUGGCUUUGAGCAGGCCACUCGAGAGUACACGCUACAGAGCUUUGGCGAGAUGGCAGAUUCUUACAAGGCUGACUACUUCAACAUGCCUGUACAUAUGGUGCCAACAGAGCUGGUGGAGAAGGAGUUCUGGCGCUUGGUGAACAGCAUUGAAGAAGAUGUAACAGUGGAGUAUGGGGCGGACAUUCAUUCCAAGGAGUUUGGAAGUGGCUUCCCCAUCAAUGAUGGCAAAAGGCAGCUCUCUCCAGAGGAAGAGGAAUAUGCAGCCAGCGGCUGGAAUCUUAAUGUGAUGCCGGUGCUAAAGCAGUCAGUGCUCUGCCACAUUAACGCUGAUAUUUCAGGCAUGAAGGUGCCAUGGCUUUAUGUAGGCAUGGUGUUCUCUGCCUUCUGCUGGCACAUUGAGGAUCAUUGGAGUUACUCUAUUAACUACCUCCAUUGGGGUGAGCCCAAGACCUGGUAUGGGGUUCCAUCCUUUGCAGCUGAACAUCUGGAAGAGGUCAUGAAGAAACUGACCCCAGAACUGUUUGAGAGCCAGCCAGACCUGCUGCACCAGUUGGUGACGCUCAUGAACCCCAACACACUUAUGGCACACGGGGUUCCAGUUGUCCGGACCAAUCAGUGUGCUGGAGAGUUUGUCAUUACUUUUCCUAGAGCCUAUCACAGUGGUUUCAACCAGGGCUAUAACUUUGCUGAAGCAGUCAACUUCUGCACUGCUGACUGGUUGCCAGCUGGUCGCCAGUGCAUUGAACACUACCGCCGCCUCCGCCGCUACUGUGUCUUCUCCCAUGAGGAGCUUAUCUGCAAGAUGGCUGCUUGCCCUGAGAAGCUGGAUCUGAACUUGGCAGCUGCUGUGCACAAGGAGAUGUUUAUUUUGGUGCAAGAGGAGCGCAAACUGCGUAAGGCUCUCCUGGACAAGGGCAUCACGGAGGCAGAGCGAGAAGCCUUUGAGCUGCUCCCAGAUGAUGAGCGCCAGUGUGAUAAAUGCAAAACCACCUGCUUCCUAUCAGCUCUGGCUUGCUAUGAUUGCCCAGAUUGUCUCGUCUGUCUCUACCACAUCAAUGACCUUUGCAAGUGCCCCAGCAGCAAGCAGUAUCUCAGGUAUCGUUACACUUUGGAUGAACUCCCAGCCAUGUUACACAAGUUGAAGGUUCGAGCGGAGUGUUUUGACACCUGGGCCAACAAGGUUCGGAUUGCCUUAGAAGUGGAAGACGGACGCAAGAGAACCUUGGAGGAAUUGCGUGCACUGGAGUCGGAAGCACGUGAGAGGAAGUUCCCAGAGAACGAACUGCUCCAUCGACUCAAAUCCUGUCUGAGUGAAGCAGAAAAGUGUGUCUCUGAGGCUCUGGGUCUGAUAAGUGGCCAAGAAACAGGGGAACCAUCAGUCCAUAUGACCGUGGAGGAACUGCGUGUCUUCCUGGAGCAAAUGAGCAAUUUGCCCUGUGUCAUGCACCAGAUAAAGGAGGUCCAGGGUGUGUUGGAAACAGUGGAAGCCUUCCAAGCAGAGGUUCAGGAGGCUCUGCAGGAUCUUCCAGCCAACUCCCCAGAGCUACAUAAACUACUGGCCCAGGGGACACGGCUAGGGGUGGAGGUGCCAGAAAUGGAACUGCUGGAAAGGCAGGUGCAACAGGCUGUCUGGCUGGAGGAAGUCAAGCAAACGCUGCGUUCGCCCCAGGAUAAGGUCACGCUCUCUGUCAUGAGGGCUCUCAUCACCUCUGGCUGUGGGGUUGCUCCCAGUCCUGCUGUGGACAAGGCCAUGGCUGAACUGCAGGAGUUACUCACCAUCGCCCAGCGUUGGGAGGAAAAGGCUCAAAUGUGCCUGGAGGCCAGGCAAAAGCACCCACCAGCUACAUUGGAGGCCAUCAUCAAAGAGGCAGAAAACAUCCCAGUACAUCUGCCCAAUAUCCUGGCCCUCAAGGAAGCACUCUCUAAAGCCCAGGCUUGGAUUGCUGACGUGGAGGAGAUUCAGAAUGGUGACCAUUAUCCCUGUCUCGAUGACCUGGAGGGGCUCGUGGCUGUGGGUCGGGACUUGCCAGUGCGCCUGGAGGAACUGCGUCACCUAGAGCUACAGGUGACUACUGCACACUCCUGGCGGGAAAAGGCCUCCAAGACCUUUCUCAAGAAGAACUCCUGCUACACUUUGCUUGAGGUGCUGUGCCCGUGUGCCGAUGCAGACUCUGACAGUGUCAAACGCACCAAGUGGCAGCGGGAGAAGGAGCCAGGCCUGUACAAAUCCGACACGGAGAGUCUGGGCCUGUCGGCACAAGACCUCAGGGACCCUGGCUCUGUUAUCCUGGCCUUCAAAGAGGGCGAGCAGAAGGAGAAAGCAGGAAUCCUACGCCUACGCCAGUCCAACGCCCAGAAGCCUGUGCCGUCGACACACAGCCCUCCUGGGGGCCAGUACUGUGUGUGUUCCCAGCCCCCAAGCCCUGCUAUGCUGCAGUGUGAACUGUGUCAGGACUGGUUCCACACCACCUGUGUGGCUUGGCCCCGCCUGGGCAACCCCCGGCCCGCUCCCGCAUGGUGGGAGUGGGAAGCAAAGUUCCUCUGCCCGCUGUGCCAGCGCUCUCGCCGGCCCCGCCUGGAGACUAUUCUGGCUCUGCUUGUGGCCCUGCAGAAGCUGCCUGUGCGAUUGCCCGAGGGUGAAGCCCUGCAGUGCUUGACCGAGCGAGCCAUUACAUGGCAGGACCGUGCCCGCCAGCUUCUAGCCUCCUCCGAUGUAGCAGCUGCCCUAGAACGUUUGGCAGGGCUGCGGCAGCGGCUGCUUGGGGACUCCACGAAGGAAGCAGGUGCGCUUAAGGAGAGCAGCUGUAAUGAACAGACCAAGGUUUCCUUGGAAAAUGGAGACUCCACAGCUCCGGAGAAGAACAGCUCCUGUGCCUCAGACCUGGAGACCCUCUGCUCAUACCUGCCACAGCUGCAGGGCCCUGUGUUGGAGUUGCCAGAUGCCAUCCGUCUGCCCUUGGAAGAGCUGCUAAUGGAGGGAGACCUUCUGGAGGUGACGCUAGAUGAGAGCCAGAGCAUCUGGCGCCUCCUGCAGGCUGCCUGUGACCCCCAGCUUGACAAAUUUCGCCAGCUGCUAGAUCUGGAGCAGGCAGAGCGACACGGCACCCGUGGACGAGGCCGGGACUCGGAGCGACGGCGGAAGCGCAAGACGGAGCGUGGCGACUACCCACCCCUGCCCAAGGAGGAAUUAGAGCCAAAGAAGAUCCGAGGGGCAGACCCAGCGCUGCCCCAGGGUGGGGCUCCCCCUGUGGCAGGCACAGAUUGCAGUCACAAUGGAGUUGGGCAAUUGUGACAGCUAGAAGAUGCCUGGACUUCCCCUUCCUGGACUAUACUGCACUGCAAGGGACUCUGGCAGCCCCAUGUCACCCUGUCGGUUUGACUAGCACUCUGCAUGGUGGUGGGGGGGUGCGGGCAGCCCCAGAAGCUGGGGGCUGCAACUCCUCUCCUCCCCGCUCCACCCAGGACUCAGCACUGGCCCUGCAUCAGACUAUUUUCAGAUGAUGUAAUAUUUCUUUUCCUUUUUCCUCCUUUUGUAUUGUUGAUACCUCGGCAGGGGGAGGCAUUGCAGGGGUCACGAUGAGCGCCAACACGCAGGGCCAACCUGUUCCCUUUGGCAGAAGCAGCAGAGAGAGCACCCCACUACGGCUGUAAGGCCUGUAGCCUGAGGCGGACCUGUUGUGGGUGGCAGCAGGGUGUGCUGGGAAUCUCCCUCGCUCCUUAUUUCAGGCAGCAAAAAGGAGCCAGGUGCCCUCAUGAGGGCAGUACCCUGCUCCUUGUACCAGCAUUCCCUGUAUAGAACAGGGAUAGCGCCUCCUGUUGGACAGAGAGGCAGAUCUCCUCCAGACACCCCCCUCCUCGGACAGCUGUUGGGUUUUGUAGGAAUGGGGGCAACCACUUUGUUCUUUGGGGUGGUGGAAAAGGCAAGGAAUCUUCUAGGUCCACUCCAGCCUCUACUCUACCUUUCCCUUCCCACCCCCAAAUCAUGGACCCUAUGCUGCCUCAGGCUCUGACACUAAAGUCUUUUGUCUUUUUCUCUUUUUAGUGUUUUUUCCUUUAUUUUCUCCAGCAGGGUUAGGGUGGGCUGUUGGGGGUAAGGGAAGGGUGUGUUAUUUUAUUGUAUUAUGAUUUUUUUAUUAUUAUUAAACUUUGGAGGUUA